AUGCCGGCACACAACGCGGACAAUGAGAGCGCUGCGGUCGCCGUGCCCGUGCCCCUAGCCGUCCUCGUCCCGUCGUCGAGUACUACUGAAGAGGAGACCGACCUCUCCUACAUUGUCGACAUGGAGCUCAAGCACACCAAGUUCCUCGUCUCGUCGUGGACACAUUGCAACGUUGUGCUCACGACGCAGACGCUCGAAGUCCUCGAGAACGACAAGCUCCACUUUGCUUGCAGCACGACCCACUGCACGACGCGCGUGCUGUCAGCGCUCGACGCCAAGCGACAGUUUCCGCUAGAGCUCCUCGAACACGGCAAGACCAAAGCGGUCUUGAACGCGCCGUCGGCGUCGGCCCGCGACGCGCUCCUCGGGCGCCUUGACGCGGCGGCCAAUGGCAUCAGCUGGCCGUCGACGUCGGACGCAUGGACCAACUUUAUCUCGGUCGCCCACCGCAUUAACGAGACCAAGACCACGUACGCCUCGCGUUUGCCCAAGUGCAAUGUGAGCGUGGCGCUCGUCCAGCGCCACUUUCGAGACAUGAUUGACGUCUACAAUGUCACGGGCAGCUUCACGACCAUCGACGAUGUGUACAGCUACUUUCUCGACCACGAACGGCAGUACGUCGCUGAUGGUGCGCCCACCUUUGCGAAAACCGUGCACCAGCUGCACCCGAUCAGCUACGCCGAAGGCGCCAAGCCCAACGAGCCAGUUCGACCGCUGAGCGACCUUGUCACGGUGUGUGCGCACCGCAGCUGCCAGGCGCCAUUGCCGGUGCACGUGUCGUUCGAGAUGCACAUUUUGCAGCUGCCCACAGUCACGUGCCCAACGUGUUCGCGGCCGCUCUUUUACGAGACGUACAAGAUUGCGGCAUUCCUGGAUCUCUACCCGAGCAUCCUGGCGCAGUUUCCCACCAUUAUCAACGCCGGUGCGACGGCUGUGCUCUUUGAUCCGCCCGAGAUGCCAGAGAAUGGCCGCUACGAGUCGUUUUAUACAGCAUUCCUUACCACAUUGACAAGCUGCAAGAAUACGGCGGCGCAGUCGCAAGUUCUUACGGCGCUCCGUCGAGCGAGCAAGACUCUCCUCCAGGCACCGAUCGGCGCCUAUACGAUCGACUUGGUGCAAGGCAUGUUCCGGCAGCUCGAUUUCGUCAACAAAAUGGUGCCCCACACCGAGUACUGGAUGCACCCAGACGUCAUUGAAGCCUCGAUCGUCCGCUACGAGCAGUUUAUGUACCUCAUGGGGAAGCGUGAGGCCGACUCCCUCGGUCAUUACCCGGUGCUGGUACCGACGUCGGACAUUGACCUCGUCUGGCACGCGCACCAGACCACCGGUCGGCCGUACCGCGACUACUCGCGCAGCGUCAACAAGGCCAAGUGCGUGAUUGACCACGACGACACGAUUCCCGGCGGCGACCUCGCGACGGGGUAUGCUGACACGUUUGUGCUCUGGUCGCAGACGUUCGGCGAAGCGUACUCGAGCUUCCCACCGAGCUACGAAGCGUGGACUUCCAAGGUUCAAGACCCGAUCUCACGACUCGUGUUGCGCAAAAAGUGGGCCAAGCACGGCAGCGUGCCGGCCAAAGACAGCCGCUUCUUCGGUGUCAACGAAGCGUACGCUGUGCGCGCAUUCCCAUACGCGACCGUCGUCGCUGAAGCCAACGCGGUCCGGCCCGAGAGUGGCGUCACCGAGCCCAUCCCGAUCUACGUCACCGUCAUCGGCACGCCGGUCAUGGACGGCCGCGUGCGCAUGCCGUACUCACGCCAGACGCUGCUCAUGUUUGACGGCGGGCUGCCGUUCUACUACCUCCCGUACGUCUACAAUGGCGGCUGCGCCGGUUCCGGCUACUUUGGUGCCUCGGGCGGCUGCGGCGCCACGGGUGACACAAGCGCUGCUGCCAAUGGCGCCGUCAGUGGACUUGGUGGCUGUGGCGGUGGCGGCUGUGGCGGAGGCGGCUGUGGUGGUGGCUAGACAUAGCACGUAGGAUUUAAGUGAGCUACGUACUACUAGUCGCACAAUGGCUCACACCCUUUUGCAUCGUUUGGACUCGGUGGGUGCUAAAUUUAUGUGCUUGCGUCGCUCGCUACGAUGUCGAUGCCCAAGUCGCAGGUUCCUCGUACGUAUAAUGUAUGUACAAGUCGUCAAUACAGCAGUG